AUGCAAGCAUUAAUACUACUUAAGGAAAGUGCUACUUGUCCGCUAUGUCGUCAAACGUAUGAGCGUCUCGUAACCGUUUUCAGAUUGAAGAAUGGUAUCAAGAUUGGCUCAGAAGAGUGGCCUUCACCAAAUUUAAAUAUGAUAAGCAGAAUUCGAGACUUCCUUACAUUUGCAUGUGCUAAGUGCUUCCGAUUGUAUGGAAUGAAUUACAAAAAUGAUUUGCGUUGCAACGAUUGCGGAUAUUGGUUUCACAAAAAGUGCAUUGCAAAGGAGGAGUACACAUCGUCAAACGUUUUUCGUUGUUCACCGUGUAUGGCUUUGCGCAAGCAGAACGUUUGUCGAAAGUGUCUCAAAAUCACAGAAAAAGACGAGGAGACAUUACUAUCGUGUCAAAAAUGCGGCAAGAGACGACAUAUUGAUUGCAUUAGUCUUCCGUUUGAAACUUUGAUGCCCCAUUACAUCUGCAAAUCGUGCAAAAACUCAGACUUGAUUGAUACAUCGGAUCCUAGUUUCGAAAUUGAGAAUUACGUCGAAGAAGAUGAUUUGAGAUAUGAGAUUGAGCACUCAAUCAAAUCUCAACACGCAAUGGCUCAGCCACCAUCUUCGCCCGAAAAUAAUAAUCCCCGUUCUCCGUUUAACGAAAAUGUCACCAAUUCCACACCGUCUGUGAACGUUGUUCAUCAUGACGAUCAUAUAAUAUCGGAGAAAGAACAAGAAAAAAGAAUCAAAAUGACUGAAAAAAUUGCGACAGCAAUGAAAAAUCGAAAUAAAAGCAAAAAACCGCCGCCAGAUUUCACUGUCUUAGACAACAUCCGUGGUCCUUCGUUUUUGAUGUUUCCCGUCACUGGUAUUCCAACUGUCGCACAUGCGAAAAUUUAUCGUCUCGGAUUGUACACUCAUAAAAGUGUGCUCGACCGCGACAAAAAGUUGGGGGAAAUCGAGACAAAGAAACUGAUAAAUGAUCAUUACGUUUGUCUUGCGAAGGCUAAGGCACGUCGUGAACAAGAAGAGCGCAGAAACUACGAACGUCUUGGAAAUGUUAUUUUCGACAAGCCAGAAAAUGCACUUUUCUCAAUUCGAGAGAUUGAAAAGAUUGCUGAUGACUUUUUCAGUUUCAAAUUCAAAAUCGGGUAA